GGCCGUGCCGGGAGCGAGCGCAGUGCGGCGCCAUUUUGUGUUGGAAAACAAACGGACAGACCGGAAAGCGGCGCAGGGAGCGGCGGAGCAGCGUGUGACCGGCCGGUGUGUGAGCUUAGCGGAGCGGAGAGCCCAGCACAGACCGCGGCGCCGCAGGUGCCAUGUUUCAAGACGACCAGGAAGACUGAGGAUACCAAAAAUAUUUCCAGAAUAGGCUAAAAGAAAUUAACCUGUCUCUGAGGUGACUAAAGGGGAAUAAUGGUGAUUUUGCGCCGGGCUCGGCCGCCUGCUUCCGCCCCAACCAGCAAUGAAUCUUGACUCGCUCUCGCUGGCCUUGUCUCAAAUCAGUUACCUUGUGGACAAUUUAACAAAGAAAAACUACAGAGCCAGCCAGCAAGAAAUACAGCACAUUGUGAAUCAGCACGGCCCUGAGGCAGACAGGCACUUAUUACGCUGUCUAUUCUCACAUGUUGAUUUCAGCGGUGAUGGUAAAAGUAGCGGCAAAGACUUCCAUCAGACUCAGUUUCUGAUUCAGGAGUGUGCUGCACUCAUAACAAAACCCAACUUCAUCUCUACUCUAUCCUACGCCAUUGACAAUCCAUUGCACUAUCAGAAGAGCCUCAAGCCAUCACCCCAUCUUUUUGCUCAGUUGAGUAAAGUUUUGAAACUUAGCAAGGUGCAAGAGGUUAUCUUUGGCCUUGCACUUCUCAAUUCUUCCAGCAGUGAUCUGCAGGGAUUUGCUGCCCAGUUUGUGAAGCAGAAGCUACCUGACCUUCUACGUUCAUACGUGGACGUGGACGUGUCUGGCAGCCAAGAAGGUGGCUUCCAGGAUAUUGCAAUAGAGGUCCUGCACCUCCUCCUCUCCAAUCUCCUCUUUGGCCAGAAGGGAGCUUUUGGGGUUGGGCAGGAGCAGAUUGUUGCAUUUCUCAAGACCCUACGCAGAGAUUUUCCCCAGGAACGUUGCCCUGUGGUGCUUGCACCACUUCUUUAUCCUGAAAAACGGGACAUCCUAAUGGACCGGAUUUUAUCUGACUCUGGAGGAAUUGCCAAAACCAUGAUGGACAGCUCUCUGGCAGACUUCAUGCAGGAAGUGGGUUAUGGCUUCUGUGUCAGUUUGGAAGAAUGCCGCAACAUCAUUGUUCAGUUUGGUGUUCGCGAAGUAACAGCUGUGCAGGUAGCCAGAGUUCUUGGAAUGAUGGCUCGGACACACUCGGGCCUGACGGAUGGAAUAGCUUUACAGUCUAUCUCCUCUCCUGGCAGCGGCAUCUGGAGCGAUGGGAAGGAUAAGAACGAUGGCGUGCAACCCCACACCUGGAACGUCGAAGUUCUCAUCGAUGUGGUGAAGGAACUGAACCCAAGUCUGAACUUUAAAGAGGUCACGUAUGAGCUUGAUAACCCAGGAUUUCAAAUCCGUGACAGCAAAGGUCUCCAGACGGUGGUGUAUGGCAUCCAGCGCGGUCUUGGUAUGGAACCAUUCCCUGUCGAUUUAAUCUACAGGCCGUGGAAACAUGCAGAAGGCCAGCUCUCCUUCAUUCAUCAUUCCUUAAUGAAUCCAGAUAUCUUCUGCUUUGCUGACUACCCCUGCCAUGCUGUAGCAACUGAUAUUCUGAAGGCACCACCAGAAGAUGACAACCGGGAGAUUGCUACAUGGAAAAGCUUGGAUCUCAUUGAGUCCUUACUUCGGCUGGCUGAAGUGGGCCAAUAUGAGCAAGUGAAACAACUCUUCAGCUAUCCAAUCAAGCAUUGCCCCGAUAUGCUGGUUUUGGCCUUACUGCAAAUUAACACCUCCUGGCAUACUUUGCGCCAUGAGCUCAUCUCAACACUGAUGCCAAUAUUUCUCGGUAAUCACCCAAACUCUGCCAUCAUUCUGCACUACGCAUGGCAUGGCCAGGGCCAGUCCCCCUCCAUUCGGCAGCUUAUAAUGCAUGCCAUGGCAGAAUGGUACAUGCGCGGGGAGCAGUAUGAUCAGGCCCGCCUCUCUCGAAUACUUGAUGUUGCCCAAGAUUUAAAGGCCUUGUCAAUGCUGCUAAAUGGUACGCCAUUUGCCUUUGUUAUUGACCUUGCUGCACUUGCUUCUCGACGGGAAUACCUCAAACUUGACAAAUGGCUCACAGAUAAAAUUCGGGAGCAUGGGGAGCCCUUUAUCCAGGCAUGCAUGACCUUCUUGAAAAGGAGAUGUCCCUCCAUCCUUGGUGGCCUUGCCCCAGAGAAGGAUCAGCCUAAAAGUUCCCAGCUUCCUCCGGAGACUCUGGGGACUAUGCUGGGCUGUCUCCAAGCUUGUGCUGGGAGUGUUUCUCAGGAGCUGUCUGAGACCAUCCUUACCAUGGUUGCCAACUGUAGUAAUGUUGUGAAUAAAGCAAGACAGCCACCACCGGGAGUAAUGCCAAAAGGCCGUCCCCCCAGCACCAGCAGCCUGGAUGCCAUAUCCCCUGUACAGAUGGAUACCCUCGCUGCCAUGGCCUCUCUCAGUAUUGGUGGUUCUGCUCCUCAUACACAGAGCAUGCCUUCUUUUCCUCCCAACCUGGGCUCUACAUUCAGCACUCCUCAGUCACCAGCAAAGGCAUUUCCUCCACUUCCCGCUCCCAACCAAUCCAGUGCAUUCAGUGGCCUCGGGAGCCUGUCCUCUCAGCUUCCAGGUGGCCUUGGAACUAGCAGCUUAACUGGAAUGAGUACAGCGGGCCUUGGACUUCCAGCUGUCAUUAAUGAAUCCUUCAGCCAAAGAAAACUGAGCACAUCUGGACUGAACCAGCCUACAUUCCAGCAAACGGACCUGUCUCAGGUGUGGCCGGAGGCUAAUCAGCACUUUAGUAAAGAAAUUGACGAUGAAGCAAACAGCUACUUCCAACGCAUUUACAACCAGCCGCCUCACCCAACCAUGUCGGUGGAUGAGGUGCUGGAGAUGCUUCAGAGGUUUAAAGACUCCAGCAUAAAGCGGGAACGGGAAGUAUUUAACUGCAUGCUUCGUAACCUGUUUGAGGAAUACCGUUUCUUCCCGCAGUACCCAGACAAGGAGCUGCACAUUACAGCCUGCCUGUUUGGUGGCAUUAUAGAGAAAGGACUGGUCACGUACAUGGCUUUAGGGCUUGCACUGCGCUAUGUAUUGGAAGCUCUACGGAAACCUUAUGGAUCCAAAAUGUAUUUCUUCGGAAUAGCUGCACUAGAUAGGUUUAAGAAUCGAUUGAAGGACUAUCCUCAAUACUGUCAGCACUUGGCAUCCAUCACUCAUUUUAUCCAGUUUCCCCAUCACUUGCAAGAGUAUAUAGAGUAUGGCCAGCAGUCCCGGGAUCCCCCGGUGAAGAUGCAAGGCUCCAUUCAAACACCAGGCAGUAUUGCACUAUCCCAGGCUCAGGCUCCAUCCAAAGUUCCAGUCCCCGGCCCUGUCAGCACAAAUGUUGUAACCACCUCUACCACUACCACCAGUGCAAAAACAAUCACCAUAACCAGGCCGACUGGUGUCAGUUUCAAGAAGGAUGUACCGCCAUCCAUAAAUACAACCAAUAUCGACACCCUGCUAGUGGCUACAGACCAGAAUGAGCGCACCGUGGAACCCCCGGAGAGUGUCCAGGAGAAGAUUGCAUUUAUAUUUAAUAACUUGUCCCAGUCAAACAUGACCCAAAAGGUGGAAGAGUUAAAGGAAACUGUGAAAGAUGAAUUCAUGCCUUGGGUAUCGCAGUAUUUGGUGAUGAAAAGGGUUAGCAUUGAACUGAACUUCCACAGCUUGUAUUCAAACUUCAUGGAUGCUCUGAAAAACCUAGAAUUCAAUAAAAUGGUACUUGCAGAGACCUACAGAAACAUAAAGGUACUUCUAACUUCUGACAAGGCUGCUGCCAAUUUCUCAGAUCGAUCUCUCCUGAAGAACUUGGGCCACUGGCUGGGGAUGAUCACUUUGGCGAAAAACAAGCCCAUCUUGCACACAGACCUGGAUGUAAAGUCCUUGCUGCUUGAAGCUUAUGUUAAAGGACAGCAAGAACUUCUCUACGUUGUGCCUUUUGUUGCCAAAGUGUUGGAGUCCAGCAUCAGAAGUGUGGUUUUCCGGCCUCCUAAUCCCUGGACAAUGGCCAUUAUGAACGUACUGGCUGAGCUUCACCAAGAGCAUGACUUAAAGCUGAAUCUGAAGUUUGAGAUCGAGGUCUUGUGUAAAAACCUAGCAUUGGACAUCAAUGACUUAAAGCCUGGCAGCCUCUUAAAGGACAAAGAUCGUCUAAAGAGUCUGGAUGAGCAGCUUUCUGCCCCAAAGAAAGACUUGAAACAGCCAGAAGAGCUGCCACCGAUCACCAGUGCCAAUGAGUAUGCCAUCCGCACGGCUGGUAAGCUCUGGGCUUCGGUGGAGAAGCAGGAAUCUGAUGCAGUUUUCACAGCCACGGCCACAGCGCCUCCGCCCAGUACAACCUGUACAUCCAGCGUUCCACCACAGCCUCAGUAUAGCUACCACGAUAUUCAUGUCUAUUCUCUUGCCGGGCUGGCUCCUCACAUCACACUCAAUCCUACGAUUCCUUUGUUCCAAGCUCACCCUCAGCUUAAACAGUGUGUGCGCCAGGCUAUUGAGCGAGCAGUACAGGAGCUGGUUCACCCAGUCGUCGAUCGGUCAAUCAAGAUUGCAAUGACAACGUGUGAGCAGAUUGUACGGAAAGACUUUGCGCUGGACUCUGAGGAGUCUCGCAUGAGAGUGGCUGCCCACCAUAUGAUGCGGAACCUUACUGCCGGCAUGGCCAUGAUCACCUGCCGUGAGCCGCUGCUUAUGAGCAUUGCCACAAACUUGAAGAACAGUUUUGCCACGGCAAUGCGGGCAGCUUCCCCCCAGCAGCGGGAGAUGAUGGAGCAGGCAGCAGCACAGCUUGCCCAAGACAACUGUGAGUUGGCCUGCUGCUUUAUACAGAAAACUGCAGUGGAAAAAGCUGGACCUGAAAUGGAUAAGAGGCUUGCAACUGAAUUUGAGCUGCGGAAGCAUGCCCGACAGGAAGGACGUCGUUACUGCGACCCAGUAGUGUUAACCUACCAGGCGGAGCGUAUGCCGGAGCAGAUCCGGCUCAAAGUUGGAGGCGUGGACUCUAAACAGCUGGCUGUUUAUGAAGAGUUUGCACGGAACGUUCCUGGAUUUCUUCCAACCAAUGACCUGACCCAACCCACAGGAUUCCUUGCACAACCAAUGAAGCAACAAGCCUGGGCCACAGAUGAUGUCGCCCAGAUCUAUGACAAAUGCAUCACAGAGCUGGAGCAGCAUUUGCAUGCAAUACCUCCCACACUAGCAAUGAACCCACAGUCCCAGGCCCUGCGCAGCUUGUUGGAGGCGGUGGCACUGGCUCGCAACUCUCGCGAUGCUAUUGCUGCUCUUGGACUCUUACAGAAGGCCGUGGAGGGUCUUCUGGAUGCCACCAGUGGUGCUGAUGCAGACCUUCUCCUUCGUUAUCGGGAAUGUCAUCUCUUGGUCCUGAAGGCACUGCAGGAUGGCCGGGCAUACGGCUCUCCGUGGUGCAACAAACAGAUUACCAGGUGUCUGAUCGAGUGCCGAGAUGAAUAUAAAUACAAUGUUGAAGCCGUGGAGCUUCUGAUCAGAAAUCACCUAGUGAACAUGCAGCAGUACGACCUUCACCUGGCUCAGGUAAUGCAGUUAAAGUCCAUGGAGAACGGCCUGAACUAUAUGGCUGUAGCCUUUGCCAUGCAGCUGGUUAAGAUUCUGCUGGUGGAUGAACGCAGUGUAAGCCACGUGACUGAGGCUGAAUUCUUCCACACUAUCGAGACACUGAUGCGAAUAAAUGCCCACUCAAGAGGCAAUGCCCCAGAAGGGCUCCCACAGCUGAUGGAUGUUCUGCGCUCCAAUUUUGAAGCCAUGAUUGAGCGUGCCCAAGGUGGGCCAAACUUCAUGAUGCAUUCUGGCAUUUCUCAGGCCUCAGAAUAUGACGAUCCGCCAGGCUUGAGAGAGAAGGCAGAGUAUUUGUUGAGAGAAUGGGUAAACCUCUACCAUUCAGCAGCAGCUGGGAGGGACAGUACCAAGGCAUUCUCUGCGUUCGUUGGCCAGAUGCAUCAGCAAGGUAUCCUGAAGACUGAUGAUCUGAUUACUCGCUUCUUCCGCUUGUGUACGGAGAUGUGUGUGGAGAUCAGCUACCGCGCCCAGGCAGAGCAGCAGCACAACCCUGCUGCCAAUCCCACCAUGAUCCGAGCCAAGUGCUACCAUAACCUGGAUGCCUUUGUGCGGCUGAUUGCUUUGCUGGUGAAGCAUUCCGGGGAAGCCACUAACACAGUCACAAAAAUCAAUCUCUUGAACAAGGUUCUUGGUAUUGUGGUGGGAGUCUUAUUACAAGACCAUGAAGUAAGACAGAGUGAAUUCCAGCAGCUGCCGUACCAUCGGAUAUUCAUCAUGCUUUUGCUGGAGUUGAAUGCACCUGAACAUGUCUUAGAAACUAUAAACUUUCAGACACUGACUGCAUUUUGCAAUACCUUCCAUAUCCUCCGGCCAACCAAAGCAGCAGGGUUUGUCUAUGCCUGGCUGGAACUAAUCUCUCAUCGUAUAUUUAUUGCUCGAAUGUUGGCUCACACCCCGCAACAGAAGGGCUGGCCCAUGUACGCACAGCUACUCAUUGACCUCUUUAAGUACCUCGCUCCAUUUCUGAGGAAUGUGGAACUCACCAAACCUAUGCAAAUCCUCUAUAAGGGCACCCUACGUGUACUGCUUGUGCUACUUCAUGACUUCCCAGAGUUCUUGUGUGACUAUCACUACGGCUUCUGUGAUGUGAUUCCACCCAACUGCAUCCAGUUGAGGAACCUAAUUCUGAGUGCCUUCCCACGAAACAUGAGACUUCCGGAUCCUUUUACCCCCAACCUCAAGGUGGACAUGUUAAGCGAGAUAAACAUUGCCCCUCGAAUUCUUACAAACUUUACGGGAGUGAUGCCUCCACAGUUCAAGAAGGACUUGGAUUCUUACCUUAAAACCCGGUCCCCAGUCACGUUCCUAUCGGAACUCCGCAGCAACCUGCAGGUAUCGAACGAGCCUGGAAACAGAUACAACAUCCAGCUGAUAAAUGCUUUAGUCCUGUAUGUGGGGACACAAGCGAUUGCUCACAUCCACAACAAGGGUAGCACUCCUUCCAUGAGCACUAUCACACACUCUGCUCACAUGGACAUCUUCCAGAAUCUGGCCGUGGACCUGGACACUGAAGGUCGUUACCUCUUCUUGAACGCGAUUGCCAAUCAGCUGCGUUAUCCCAAUAGCCACACUCACUACUUCAGCUGCACCAUGCUUUACCUCUUCGCUGAGGCAAACACUGAAGCCAUCCAGGAGCAGAUAACCAGGGUUCUGUUGGAGCGGUUAAUUGUGAACAGGCCACACCCAUGGGGCCUCCUGAUUACCUUUAUUGAGCUAAUUAAGAACCCAGCCUUCAAGUUCUGGAACCAUGAGUUUGUUCACUGUGCGCCAGAAAUUGAGAAGUUGUUCCAGUCUGUCGCUCAGUGCUGUAUGGGGCAGAAACAAGCCCAGCAAGUGAUGGAAGGCACAGGUGCCAGUUAGGAGCCUGCUUUUCAGAAAACUGAGUCAAACUGCUCUGCUUUGAGCCUGAACAACAAACGUCUAAUGUGAAGAAUCCCCAACUGUACACGUUUAAAUUUUUUGAAAUUUAUUUUUGUUUUUCCCCAAAAUGUCCCGCUCCCCCUGCACCUGAUGGCCAUAUCAUUCACAGCACAAAUUUGAGCCAGGAGUGCGGCAGGAUGACAUAUCUUCUGUUUUUGGAUGGGGUGGUGGAAUGAAGUCUGGCAAAUUUAGUUUUUCCCUCAUACUCCCAUAUGUCCAAUAUUUGGCCAAAACUGUUAGAAUGUUGUGAAUAUAUAUAUAUAUAUUUUUCUUUUCUUGAUCUCUUGUACAUACUGAUCUCAAAUGCAACAAAAACAUAACCCCCCUCUUAGUGUGGGCUGGUCUUUUCAUGGGUUGGCACUGCAUUGGCAGGCUGUGGGAGGUUAUGGUUAUUAACUGCUUCACUUCCAGAGGUUUGCCUGGGCAACUCUUCAGCAGAUGAACUCUUUGCUAGUGAGUGGGACUGCUGGACACCAAGCACUUGUGUGGCAAUGGGGUGUGACGGGAACAGCUGGGGAAAUAACUCUGAGCCUAUUUAAAGGUCACAGCUCCCUCUGCGCUAAGCAACAAAGUCAAGUUUAUUCCUGCAGCCUUUGAAGGCCCGUGCUGUGCUCUUUAAAUACUUGUCAAUCCUACUGCUUUCACUUUGUUUACAGACUGUCCUCUGUAAGGCUGGGUGGGGUGAUGGGUACUGUGUACAGUUAAUCUCUGCCUCCAGCUGAUCAGAACGUUUCACCAGGAUGUGACGAGCUUCUGCCAUUUGGCUUGUAAAGAGAACCAAACACUAUUUUAUUUUAUUUUUGACAAUUGUAAAUGAUCAAUGUGGGAGCUUGCUUUAAGGAGUUAUUAGCUGCCUCCCUUUACCCCUCGAAACAAGACUUGAGUUUGUAAAGAAAAAUAAAUAAAUAAAUCCUGGACCAAUACAGGCCAUUUUGUAAGAAAUUCUGACUGUUUUGUAAAUGUAUUGGUCCUGUGUUGUAUUUUGUAGGCUUUCAGUUGACCCACUUGUAUGUAUGGAUUCUGUAGUUACACAUUAAAGUCAUGACAUGCAGCAAA